AUGGCAAGGAGGGGGAGGGGCCCGCGUGGCGCCGCUGCAGACAAUGGUCAGCAGCAGAUGCAGCCGCUGCUGCAGAAGGCAACAGGAAGGACUGGAGGGGAGCGGUGCUGCACCGAGCCUCACACACCGCCAGCGGAGGCUGAAGCUCUCAGUGACUUGAACGGCGCUAGCAGCAGGAGCAGCAACAGCCGAAUUUGCUGCAAUGGGAAGGGUACGAGUGGCGGCGACGACAGGGGCUGCUGCAACGAUCAGUCUCACGAUUGCUGUGUAGACAGCACACAUUGCAAGAGCAGCCACCGGCGCUGCGAGCAGCAGCAGGAUCUGGCACAGCAGCAGCGAAGGCAGCAGCCACUGGAGCAGGAACUCAUGGCUGCGGGGUCCCACACGUGUGUUGGUGGCAGCAGCAACAGGGGGAGACAGCUGGCUGUGGAUACAGCAGCUGCGCGGGCCCGACGGAAGCUACUGGUUGCCUCAGCAGUGUGUUUGGUGUUUAUGGCAAUUGAAGUCGUCGCGGGCAUCGCUUCGAACUCCCUCGCCCUCAUGACAGACGCCUCGCAUCUCCUCUCGGACCUCUGCGCCUUUCUUAUCAGGUGGAGUGGGGAGGGAGACGAGGAUGGGGAAUGCUUGAAAGGGACCAUGUCGAUGUCCUUUGGUUAUCAUCGAGCUGAGAUUUUGGGCGCGCUGCUGUCCGUGCUGCUCAUUUGGGGUGUCACUGCAGCUCUUGUGGUGGCAGCGCUGCACCGCAUCGCCUCUCCGCAGAAAGUGCAAGGAGGCCUCAUGCUGUUGACAGCCUCUAUCGGUACGGCUGCCAAUUUGUUCAUGGCGCACAUACUCCACAUACACUCUCACGGAAUCGGGAGGAUACACACAACCCGUCAUGGAUCGCCUGCCGAUGGAGACAUCCAUGCCAGCGGCGGCAACAGUAGCAGCAGCGGCUGUUGCGGCAGCGGCAGCAGACGGGCAAGGGCUUUGCUCCCUCUCCGCACUCGCGGCUGCUGCAGUGGCAACAGUAGUAGUAGCAGCAGCAGCAGCAGCAGCAGCAGCGGUAGCUCUGGGAAUGGCCAUGAGCACCACCACGGGCACCACAAGGACGAGGGGAAUGCACUGAUGUUGCAGCGACGGGCAAGCGACCUCGAGCAGCAACGGCAGCAAGUCGCAGCAGCUGCAGCAGAAGGAGACGUGUAUGUGCGAAUGGAAGAGGACGACCCAGAAGCAGAAAUCGAGAGCAUGAACCUCAGGGCUGCUUAUAUACACGCUGUUGGAGACCUCCUGCAGAACAUUGGGGUGAUGAUUGCGUCGGCAAUCAUCUGGUACAACCCCGAGUAUUCGAUCGCAGACCCCGCCUGCACUCUGGUGUUCUCCAUGUUUGUUCUUUUAACGACGAUUUCCAUCAUCAGAGAGGCGGUGAACGUGCUGAUGGAGGGGACUCCACUUGGCCUAGACGUGGCGGUGCUGCAGUCGGAUCUAGUGUCCCUCCGAGGAGUGCUGGAGGUUCACGAUCUCCAUGUAUGGUCUAUAUCAAUAGGCCGGCCGGCGCUUGCUUGUCACCUCGUCGUCUGUGAUGAGGAGGCUGCGCGACGUGUUUUGCGAGCAGCUACUCUUCUCUGCCAGCGCAAGCACGGCAUUCUACACACGACUAUCCAAACGGAUUUCUCGUCGGACGCCUCCUGCUGCGACACAGAGGCUCACCAGAAGUGCAUGGAGCCUUUGACCAGAGCAGAACUUUGA